UCAUUAUCAAAGUGAUAGCAGAGACAAAGUGCCGGCACUGCCAGUGAUUUCAAGAGAGGAGGAACACGGAGCAUGUUCUGCUCGGGAAAACAGGGGAAUUCAGAGGAGGACUCUCUCUGUUAGGCAGUGGCUGUUUGAUGCAGCUUCAGCGCAAGGGAGGAAAGACAAGACAGAUUGACGAUCAGUUAUUAUGAGCACAGUUACACUGAGGAGAUCCAAGUUGACAAAAACACCAAAACUGUCUUUUUUCUUUCUCCCUCUUUUUUAUCAUCACCUUACAAAAAAAUCCAAGAGUCCAGAAAUUUUAGAUUUUUACAGUGACAGGUCAAAGAUAAGACAAAGCACAGUCAAGAUUACUGACACUGAAUUGACAGCUGUUAGUCUUGCUGCAAAUAAUGACAAGAUUAGAGAUAAGAUUCAAAGACCUGUUAGAGACUCAAAAUGGAAGAGAUGAAAUGACAACGGUAUCUUCACACUGAUAAGACUUGAUCACCGCAGGAAUGAAGGUACAACCACCUCUUCCAGUAAAGCAGCUGAAAGUGACUGGAUUAAAUAUGAUGUCUGAAUCAUCAUCUGCAGCGAGAUUUACGUAUUACUGGAAAUAAACGUUGUGAUAACACUGAGGCCUGGGCUAUCAAACAUGUCAUCCUAAUUCCAGUGUUAACCUCAGUGUGUGUCACUGCUAAUGUGAGUUAAUUUGUGGACUUUUAAACCACAAGACAGCGAGUCCCAUGACUGAUUCUGUCGAUCAGUCACAUUGAUUACCACACAAAAUAUGCAUCUUCAUAAAACCGUUUGAUUAUCAUACAAGGGUUUUCUUGUUUAUGCUCAUGUUACAAAUAACUCUUCAGACAGCAUUUGUAGCCCCAAAAUUCAAAAUCAGUGUUCACAUCUAUACAUCAUCUUCAAAAAUUGUUCGACUACCUGUUAAAAAUUGCAGAUUGGGCCAUACUGUGAUUAUCUUUACAAUGAUAUUUCUCUCUCUUGGAAAAAGCCUCUUCAGAAAAUCUCUUUUGUAAGCUGGCCUGGUUUUAAAGCCUGUGUCAAGAAACAAUGUGACAAACGUGCCUUCAGUUCAUGCUUAGUGGCUGGUGCCUGUUGCAUGUCUUCAUGUGUUUUUAUCGUGCACAUCCAUCAACUCCUACUAACUACAAAGGAAUGCUACCAAAUCACCAACGGCUGCCAGGCCUCCAAAAAUAAUUGCAGAACGAUCAUGGAGUUAACUUUUAAUAGGUAUUUAAAACCUGUAUUCACCAGAGGGCAAGUAAGUGUACAGGUACAGUGUGUUACACGACACACCCCUGUUCUUUCGCUGUGCCAGGCAGUUUGCUGUGCAUGUGUUGUGACUAACCGAGUUUUACACAAGGAAACUGGUAAUGCAGAUUAUUAUCAGAAAUGGUCUCUUUUUUGUUCAUGAGGCUUCAAAGGAUUAAAUGAAGUUGUUUGCUCACUAAAGAAAACCCUGAUGUCAGCAUGAUGGUAGAUUUACAUUUUGUUUUGAAGAAGACACAGGUAAGGUGAGGUGAGGUGAGGAAAAUUAGAGAUUUGCAGGUCGAGGUAAGGUAACAGCUUUAUUACAGAUGUGGUAUGUGAAGUAAAACUUUGAUUACUGUGUAAGCUACACUCCUAACUUAAUAAGCAGUGCAGGUCUAUUUUACAUAGCAGCGUUCUCCCUCAGUACACCUCAGGACACAGAGGAGCAGGUCAAGACUCAUUGUUUAUGAGAACGUCUAGUUGUAUGCAAAUUUAUCUCUUACUGUGAGAGGAUGAUAAACUACAACUGCAAGGUUUUUAUCGGGUACCGUGGGAACAUAUGGUCAAACACAGACCCACUGUUGAUCAUGUUAAUCAUAAACCAUACAUUUAAUAUGAUAAAUAAACUAAAUGAGGUCAACAUUGAGGGUUUAGACAUAUAGAUAUGUAAACUUGCUCCAUAACCUUAAGGUGAGGUUCAGCAUUCAUUAUAUUUCUACCUAAGACUCUCUUUGGUCUCCUGAAUUCACAUCAUACCUGAACCGUGACUUGUUCUGACAGCAUGAGUCAACAUUUGAAUAUCACUAAAUAGUUUUGUGUGUCACUAAAUUACCUCAAAUAAAUCUUUGCAAGGUGAGGUCGAGGCCCACAAGCCCUCUGGGGCUCUAAAGCAGGUUCAUCCAGUCAUGGAGAGAGUCAGAGCAGUUCAAAGCCACAAAAACAGACUACAUGUUGUCCUCGCCUGAACCAUGAUAUACGUCAUCAGAUUUCAGAUACAGGUAAUGCUGGGCAAUUAUUUAAUACUUCACACUUCUACGCAUUUACCUGAAAGACAUAAGAAAUAACUUUAAUGAAUGUGACAUACAGAUUUUAGCAUUGUUUCAUGGUAAACUGUAUGAUACACACCUACAGUAGUUCAAACUAGCUCUGUUUUAGAGCAAAAUGCAACAUUUAAUCAAAGUGUGUUUUUUUCUGUAGAUCCUACUGCCAAUACUGGAGAGCCUCUUUAAUGUUCCUUGAAUGAGGCUAAAGUAUAAUGGAGCCCUGGUGUCUGAUGGCUAAAGCCUGCUGCAAGAAUAGAAAAACUCUCUCCUGUGCUGCUAGGGGGCUGACAACUGAGGUAAAACGAGAGAGGAGAGCUCUUGGGUAAAACUUCUAACUCUCUAAUUUUUCUCAUGUUCAGACAGAGAAAAGAUCAGCAAUAUAGUCAGACCACAAUCACUUGAUGGUGCCAUGCCUUCAGCUACAUGGCAAAGCAUCGAUAUAAGAAGAAUGAUAGGAGAACUAGAGAUGUGUCAGACAGUAUACCAAGAGUUUGGUGUGCGUAAAAGCGCACAGUUACCCACGUGUUUAAUGCGCAGGGCACCUGCAGCUUCUCGUUGAGCAGAGCCUGUUUGCCCUCUCUGGUAUUGGUUUCGUUGCUAUUUUUUAGAAACGUGUUUAUCACUUAGUAUGUCGUUAGAGGUAUUGCUGUGGGGGCGGGAUCUCUCCGUCUGCCCUGCCAGUUUGAUAGAUGGGCGGGUUCUAGCAGCAAGGUUAAGAAGCUGCCCGCAGCGCAGCAGAGAGCAUUGAGCACCAGUUCUCCUCUGACUCUCUUCACCUCUGCCUCUGACUCGCAGGCAAAGUCGGACUUUUAUACCGAGGCUAAAUUUAGGGGGCUGGCCAGUGCACUGCGUCCUCAUCCUGGACGCACUUCCUUCCCCCAGCCUUGCACUGGUCUCUGCCAACAACAUUUAUAAGAAAACCAGCUCCUUCCAGACACAAAGCUGCACGAGAGAGGAGCAGCACCAGGCAGCAGAAAAACGCGCUCCGAAUUUCUUUUUUUGAUUCUGGAAACUCAGUGAACUCUGGUGAUUCCCUUUUAAAUAGAGAAAGAGUGUUUUCUUAAUAUUUGAGGACGGUUUCACGAUUUUUACUUCACACGCAUGGAAAUGGCCUUGAGUGGGACCAUUUUACCCUCAAUCUCUACAUUUGCCAACCAAAAGGAGAAAUGUUGGGAAGAUGUAAGUUGCACACUUUGUAUUUACACUUGUUUUCUGCUCAGUGUGAUGUUUGACUUCAUGACAUAAAUUCAUGUUCGCGUUUUGCUGGCACAGUUGUCAUUUUAGAAAAAUUGAUCGCCGUUUUGGUAGACAGUUAACUUUUAUUUAUAAAACGUUGAACUUAUUUUUAGAGGUCUACUGCAUGUCAUGCUGUCAAACCCCAAAGUUUAACCCACAUUUCUCAAUCCGUGCACCUUACGGCUUGAGUAUUUUUCUCAUCUCGUGUGGUAUGAAUGUCAAGGUAAAGGCAUACUAAUCUUUCUCUCUCUCUCUCUCUCUCUCUCUCUCUGCAGAGGUGGAAGGGCGACAUGUGCGGCGUUACGCCCAACAUGAGCAGCAGUUGCCUGGGACGAAAAGAUGAAGAGGACCUGGAUAAGUUCUUGGAUCUUGAGUUUAUUCUCUCUAACACAGUCAUCUCCGACAGUGCGCUAGAAUCAGGGACGGGAACAGACUCGUAUCGGCUCCAGGAGUCCGGGGCGUCCGUGUAUCACCAGCAAGACUCCAGGAUGUCCCAGCAACCGGCCAAUUACUCUCCUGUCCCGGACAUAAGCAGCCCUCCGCCGCCGUACACCAGCCUGAUGGCGGAGCUCCUUCGCUCGGACGUGGACCCCAACUUCCUCUCCGGGAGCGGCUCCAGCAUCCAGGGCAGAUUCCUCUUCAGCUCGUCGCCUUUCCAGACCUCUCAGGACUUAUUCCCCGAGCAUCCCAACAUUAAGGUGGAGCCCGGUUCCAUGGACACUUAUGGACCUGUUAUGGGUCUGGUGCCUCAGAGCUGCACCAAAAUCAAGCACGAGGGCAACGUCUCGUGCAUGAUGUCAUACGAGCAGCAGCCGAGGUUGGCCAAUUCCCCGCAAGCCCCGAUGGGUAGCUUGACGCCGCCUCUCAGCCCGGACGACCUCAUGAGCUCCGAGUGCCACCAGACACAGAUGUGCAACACCUCGCUCAAGUUCCCGCAAAACUUCCAGCCUCAUCACCGCUGCACGCCCGGGGUAUUCCCUCACACGCAUACCGGGAUGCAGCUGCCUUACCCCGGUGCCCACCACCAUCACCAGUUCCCCGGCGUGUUCGGGGAGGACGUGGCCUUGGGUCUGCAACAGCAACAGCCAGCGGCCGGACAGCGGGUUCUGCUCACCCCGCCGUCCUCCCCGUUGGACUUGAUGGACACAAAGCCGAAGAGGGGUCGUCGGUCCUGGCCGAGGAAACGGACAGCAACACACACGUGCACUUUCAGCGGCUGUGGGAAGACCUACACGAAAAGCUCGCACUUAAAGGCGCAUCUCAGAACGCACACAGGUACGAUCUUGAAGUGACAUGUCACCCAAACACAUUAUGUAAACAUCAUGUGAUCACCUGCUCUCACUCACAGCUUCUUUUUCUAUAUCUGCUUUCAGGAGAGAAACCUUACCACUGUAGCUGGGAGGGCUGCGGCUGGAAAUUCGCGCGUUCAGACGAGCUCACACGUCACUUCCGGAAGCACACCGGACACCGCCCAUUCCAGUGUCACCUGUGUGAACGAGCUUUCUCCAGGUCCGACCACCUCGCCUUGCACAUGAAGAGGCACAUGUGAGGAGGCACCUUUGGACUAAAAGAAAACAAAAUGGCGCUGACAAGAACUUCUAUGCAACCCUAUGAAAAAAGUGUAGUAGGCUACAUGUGUUCAGCUAGAAGGAUGCUAUGCAAUUAUAUACACACAAGUUCCUUUAAGAGUAUCAACUAUAGUGGUGCCAUGGCAGCAUAAACUGUCACAGUGUAAGAGGACACCACUAUUGACUAUACUGUUAUACCUAGAGGUAUAUUACAGGAAUUUUAUUGUGAUUUUUUCAUUGAGGCAAAGGAAUCCUCCUCAAGUUAAGAUGCCCUGUCAUUGUAGUUUGAUAUAAGAUGACUAUUUCUUUGAAGAGAUGACAAACAAACCACAAAAUAAUGAGGAAAUAUUGCCACAGACGAUAGAAACAGACACACGCUGUUCUCACACUGUAGCUGUUUGUUUUGUUUUCUCUUUUUAAAACUAUGUAGCUGGUACUACUUUUUAAGAAAUGCUGUCAAUGGACUUAAACUUACCUGCACAUUCCACUCAUCAUGUCGGGCACAUGCCGCUGAAGCAACUGGAAGCAGACAGUCCUAUCAAAGAUGUAUUUCCCCAUCAGUGCCUUCUGUAGCACAGUAUAAUGAGUGCCAUAGUCUCUACUGGCCAAAAGACAAUCAAAGUUUUAUUCUAUGUUAUAUUGUGAGUGUUAACAGCACAUAAAAUAAGCUUCGAGACAAUGUUUGUUACAAACUGCCUUCCUUCUCCUCAGAUGCUUGAAUAGAAUGUUGUGUCUGUGAGUCUGUUGUCUACAAGCAUUAAAGUCAGGGUCUUACAGGUCUCACAGAAGUGCAUACCAUCUCAACGCCACGUGAAGACAAAGGGCUAUAAAGUCUUUGAAUUUGAACAAAAACUUGUUUGUAUCUUGAAGAAAUGUACUGCCUUGUAAAUAGAUUUUUUUACAUAAUGUAAAUAUUUUAUUUUAAUGUACAUAUUAAACUAAAUGAACAGUAUGAUAUCGAAGUUUUGAGUGUGAUUUCAAUGAUUUGAACAUGACGCAAUUACACACAAACACACAUAGUUUGAAAGCUCAGAUUUGACCUUUGACCCCAUUAAACAGAAGAUUUCUACUAGAG